AGUGCUUUGUUCAAUAUACAAAGAAGGCAUCAUCAUUGGUUCUAUUCUAUUCUCUUUUGGGUGAGCAAAAAGAGCUUCGAGAGAAAGUUUGUGGAAAAAAUGGGGCUCAUGCUUCUCCUCAAGAAUAUUGGUCUUCUCUUCCUCCUCAUUUCUGCAUCACUUUUGUCUGCUUCGUCUGCAGGUCGGCAUUCAAGGUUUGCAAGCAACUCGAAGAAGGUCGCAGGAGCAGGUGGCCGCGAGGAGGUACAAAAGGAGCAUUUAAGCCAUGAAGAGGUGAUGGAGGUUCAUGAAAGGCUUCUGAAAGUUAACACCAAAGACUAUGGAAGGUAUGAUCCGUCUCCAGCGCUAGGGAAGCCUCCUUUCAAGCUCAUUCCAAACUGAUGGAUGAAAUAUAUACAUAUAUAAAUUAAGCUGCUCAUUCUGUGUCUAUAUAUGGUGCGUAGAAUAAGCCUAGAAGUGCUACUAUUAUAUUUAGCUCUAUAUAUUGCCAUAAGGUAAGUUUUGAAUGUGGUAAAAGUUGGCUUUUGGAAGCUCUUGUAUCUGUUGAAUGAGGUGGUAUCCGUAUCAUAUGUACGCCUUAUAAUUAGCUUAUUAUGUAAAUAGAAGAUGGAAUGAAUGCAUGCCUCCCGCUGUGGACUACUGGGAGAUGUGAGUGAA